AUGGCAGGGGAUGAAGAGAGCGAUCCGACGACUCCAACGCCUCGUGUAUCACAGCGACAGCGACAGCCACAGCUUCCUCCCUACAAAGGCAAGACACCUCGGAGAUCCAAGGAGGCUAGACUUCCCAAGCACCGCAAGGACCUUGGUGGUGGUGCAUUGACGCUCCCACUUGACGAUCCCCGCCGUCGCAAUCCCUCCGAUCAGUAUGGCCUUGAGUUUCAUGAGGCUAUCAGACCUAAUGGUAAUGAGUGGGGAGGCGGCCCUGCUCGCAAGCAGCGUAAACAAGAUGAGUGGAAUGCUGAGAUAGCGGAGCAUGGUGAGGAGGAGGCCAGAGCUCGUCGAGACCUAGAACGAGAGGCUGCAAAGGCUGCAGACGAUCUGAUGACGAGUGAGAUCGCUGAGAUGGAUCUGGAGGACCAGCUGGCCAACCCUAUGCUGACGAUCAACGCCUUCCUUUCCCUUAUCCCGAAUGUGCGGCAGUCACGCUUGAUAGCGUAA